GGCUUAGUGAGCAGUCUGAUCCUCUUCCCUCUAUGUCUGUUUGGUUACAGUCACCGCAAACCUCAGGUGUUAGCCGAUAUCUGCAAUGCCCUUCUCCUUUAAACAGGCAGAUAAACUACCACCCAAAAUCUUGUGGUCGUGUACUGACUAGUGCAGAAAAUCUCGCUAUAAUGGCUGAGAAAGAAAAGGCAAAACAAGAAAAAGAGAAGAUGAAGGCUGAAAGGAAGAAAUUGAGGGAGGAAAGGAAACACAUUAGAGCUGUAAAAGGUACAAAAGGCCCAGUUGCUCCGUUAGAACAACCAAAGAAUGAGGUGGAGACAACUGGGAGAGAUCUUGGCUUUUCAUGCGAAGAAUUGGAGAUUUUCCAAAGGAGAUACGAAAAUGGUUAUGACCUUACUCAUGACAACCGUUACAAUUUGUGGCUUAAAUCUCUGCAGUUGCAUUCCUACCCUGGAGCCACAGACUCUGGCUGCCCAGAAGAACACUUUGACGGUGACACCCUGUCGCAUGGGAGAGACGAUGAUGAAGGAGGCCUAUCUGGAGCUCAUAUAAAAUCAACUCAGCUUACUCGUGAGGACACUGACUGUUUCCAAGUUCUGACAUCAUAUGAGCCAGUGAGGUGGAGACUGAGUGUCACUAGUGGAGUCACUAUCGACAGAGUCAUUCUGAGUGGAUACUAUGCCAGUACUGUCACUUCAAGCCCCAGUAAUGCUAUUAGACAAACUGAGACACUGAGGGACCCUGACAACCACUAUGGAUAUGGCACUGAUCUUGGAGGUGGAAGAACUGCAGAGCUUCUGCUCUACCUCCAACAAAGAUUUGGUCCUGUGACUUCAUUCAGUGGCAGCUACAGAGCUGAUCGAUGGGAGCUCAACAUUCACAGGACAUCAGGUUGCAGUUUCAACAACAUGACUCGCAAUUGUCCGUUGCCCUCUGCUCCAGAGAAUGGAGCAGUGAAUGUGACUGGAGUCCAACCAAUUGUGGCCAGGUACAGUUGCAAUGAGGGAACUCUGCUUGGACCUGAGAUGAGGACAUGUCUGGAAAGUGGCUGGUCUGGAGAGGAACCUUCCUGCAGAACA